CAUAACACCAAUAACAAGACACUUUCUUCAGCAAACAUAUUGGCUUGGCUAUAAAAGGCCCAGCCAAGUUCAUCUAAUUGAGUGACAUUUCUUAAUAUUGCUGCUGUUAGGGAGAGGGUCAAAUUAGUAAGCAUAAUGAGGAAUGUAUUGAAUAUUAUACUAAUCUUUUGGGUAUAUCUCAAUUGGGGUUGUACUGAGGGAGCUCAAGAAAGAGAGAGUAGAAACGUGGAUUAUCACACAGUUCAACUCAGCUCUCUUUCACCAACAGGAUCUAAUACCAAGGGGUCACUGCACGUAGUGGACAAGAAUGUCGUGCGCUCGCCUCUUAGGAGAAGCAAAGUUACGAGACUCGACCUUGACAACAUCCUCAGGCACGAUCAAGCACGCUUAGACUAUAUCCACUCUAGACUGUCAAAUAAUUUCGCUGACCGGCCUAGGCAAACCGAGUCUAAAGAUAUACCGGUCAAGGACGUGAGUAAGAGCAAGAGCGAGCUCGGUUGGGGGAGCUACAUCGAGACUAUUGGAAAUGGAAACAUCUAAACACGAUCAUGCAGCUACUUUCGUGAUGGACAAGCUUCGCGUUAUAUGUUUAAGAUCCCAAUUAUAGUGAGUUGCAUUUGUUAUAAUAUGUGCAUAUCUUAAGUUGUUUGAUUACUCUACUCAAAUUGCAUGCAGCUUUAUUAGAACUAUUGUUUGUUUUUUUUUUUGUUUUUAAUAAAAAUAUAAUAUUAAUAAUCCCAA